ACAUUUUAAAAACUCAACGGCUAGUUCCAAUCACACCUCACAAAUUCAAAAAUUUCUUAUACCAAAACCCUUCCCUCCUCAUAAACUGGAGCUGAAUCAAAAUCUCCGACAAAAAAAAAAAAAAUUCCCAAAAUCAAGACAAAGAAAAGGGUUUCGAUUAAAAAAUGGUGUACACGUACACACCCGCAAACUACACGUCACUGCAGGACUCGAUCACCUCAAUUUGCAGGAACGUUCUGCCGUUCUCCUUCAAGAAGAGGCGGCGGCCCCCACCGAUUUCCGAUUCGGAUCAAUAUUUGUCGGAUAAGCAGUCUGAUAAUCUGAAAUGGCAGCAGGAUUCUUUCCACAAGAUUCUUAAUUUGACGGGCCUCUGUAAAGAAGGUAUUGUUCUCGAAAACGAGGUCUCUGCUUUCAGAAUACACCUCCUCGAAACCCUAAUUGCGUCGCCCCUCGAUCACGAGCCGGCCCCGAUAUUAAGGGAUAAGCUGAUCUUUCUGAAGGAGUUACUCUACGCGAAAUGCAUUUCCGAAGAAGAGUAUCAUGCAUCGAAGAGGCCCUUAUUACAGAGGCUUGCAGUUCAAGGAGCCGAGAUCGAUGCAAGAGAUGUAAUACUCGGGGCACAAAAAGAGACUUCAACCGAAGAAUGGUCUGUAAUCGAUUUGAAGGAUGACAAAAGCUCGAUUAACCGAGAGAUUUUAGCCUCAAAGAACAACAAGAAAGGUAGUUCAACAAUCAAAAAAAUGAAGGGUGCUGUAUCAGCUUUCGGUUUCGCGUCACCGCUUAAGAAUGGAAAGUUGAAGGAGACUAAUGUAAAUAACGAGGGCGACGAAAUUCUUCGGAAAAAAGAUCGGAAAGUAGACACUAGUAUUAAAAGAAGUGAGCUCGAGUAUUCGACAGAAAACCCUUUCUGGAACGGUGGCUUAAAUGAUGAUAAAGAAAACGGGUCGAAGUCCAUUCUCAUGGUCGAGAGCUUGGAUGAGAAGCAAAGUCUUGGUAGUGACAAGACGAAACGGAAACCGUUUAGGACAAUUUUUCAAAGAGAGCAAGAGAAACGUGGUAGUUUUGGUAACGAUAAUGUUACGGUUCUUGAUGAGAGAGAAAAAGGCAAGAUAGGGAAGAUAGUGUCGAUAUUUGAUGGAUUUAAGAAAUGGACGAAAAUUGAUUCAGAGUACGAGAGAGAUGAAUUGUCUAUCAAUGAGAAACGGGAUGAAGCAAGUUAUCAUUAUGAAGGCAAGCUUGUUUCCAACCCUAUCGGAGAAGGGCCGGAUACAAAGCAAAUCAAGAGGAAAUUGCAUCCGAAUGGCGCUCCAACUGAUUUCUUUGUCGAUAAGGUUUUGGGAGAGAGAAUAAAGGAGGAGCUAUCGCGAAUCCAAACAGAACUCGGUGCGAAAAGUCCAAAUGUUAAUCUAACGGAUGAUGAAAUCGAGACUAUCUCAACUAGGAUUCCAGUUGACAAAGCAGACCUGAAUAAGUAUUUUCCCAAAUCAUGGUGCGAUGAAUACGGCGACAUUGUCUUAGAUGUUGUUAGGAAAGAAUUCGAGUACCACAUGAGAGAAACGGGAAAUUCGCGAAGUAAAGCAGGUAAGCAGAAGCACAAAACAUUCGAUUAUGAAAACUCGGAUCCAAAUCUGUACUGUAAGAACCGCGAACAACCAGCAUUCUCUUCCUUAAAGAAUGGUCAGAACUCUAGCAAAAUCUGAGGAUGUUAUAUUAUUAACCUCGGAUUGAAUUUGUACAUGUGAUGAAUUAAUUUAUUUUGUUAUCUUGUACCGUUUUAAUUUCA